UUGACUAAGUGCUACCUACUGCUUGCUAGACAAUCCACCCUCAUAGUAAGCAAAACCCCACAGCACAUGUACAUCCCUCCAUCUUUCACCCUCCUUCUUUUCUUCAUUCUCUUUCGACACGUAAAACCGCAAAAGUAAUUCCCAGCCAAUUGAACUACAAUGGCUGCUACAACGGAAAGAAGCGGGAAGAUUCCGCUCUGGCUGGAUUGUGACCCUGGCCAUGAUGAUGCCUACGCUCUUCUGCUUGCCGCCCACGACCCGCGCGUCGAUUUGCUGGGUGUGAGCACUGUGCAUGGGAACGCCUCGCUAGACCAGACCACCUACAAUGCCCGGGGCAUGCUUGAAGCAUUGGGCAAACGCGACAUCAAAGUCUACUCGGGCGCCUCCAAACCCAUCAAACGCGAUGCUGUUCAUGCCGUCGAUAUCCACGGUGAAUCUGGCCUUGAUGGCGUCACUCUGCUUCCUGAGCCCGUCGUGCCGGCAGCUGAAGAUAUGGACUACCUCGAAGCCACCUACAAAGCCCUGAUCGCCACGCCACCCAAAACAGCCUGGCUGGUGUCCACUGGCACAUUGACCAACAUCGGUUUGCUGUUCAUGAAAUACACAGACCUCGCCGAGCACCUCAAAGGCCUCAGCAUCAUGGGCGGCGCCAUUGGGGGCAAAUUCACUGACGCCCCAAUGGGUAAGGUCAAGGGCGAGGGAGAACGAUUUGGAAACUGGACUUCGUACGCCGAGUUCAACAUCUACUGCGACCCCGAAGCUUCGCACUUCAUCUUCUCGCACCCAGUCCUAAAGUCCAAAACCACCCUCGUACCCCUGGACCUCAGCCACCAGGUCCUGGGCACCAAGACUAUCCGCCAUACCCUCCUCUACGGCUCCGACUCGCCCCUCAACUCUUCCAGCGCAGAUACCACACAAACCCCGUCCGCGCUGCGUGCCCUCUUUACGCAGAUCAUGUCCUUCUUCGCGGGGACCUACGCCGAAAUCUUCUCCAUCACUGAGGGGCCGCCCUUGCACGACCCGCUCGCCGUAUCCGCUGCGUACGAUCCCGAUAUCUUCGAUGACAGGGGCGGAGAGCGUUUCCAAAUCGAUAUCGUCACUGAAGGUGUUCAUUCGGAUGACGUGUCGACAAUUGGUCAGCUCGGUCGCACUGUUGCCACAAAAUUGCCGCAGGGCGAAGGCGGGUGUAGGAUUCCUAGAGGAGUAGAUUUGGAGAAGUUUUGGGGCAGUGUGGAGGAUUGCCUCAAGCGCGCUGAUGCGGUUACGCCAAUGGCAAAAGUUCCGCGCGAGGAGUUAGAGAAGGUGGGGGUUUUUGUCGGUAUCGAUUGA